AUGCUCGAUUUCGUUAGUAAGCGAAAUUAUAGCUAUGAAUAUGAAUAUCCAGUAUUUCUUAAAAUCACUGUUUUUUUUCUUGUUGAUGGAUAUGUAUCUGCAAAAUGCAAGGCCAAAAUGAAGAAAAAUCAGAAGGAGGAGUUACUAAUAUACAAGAAGAAGAAAUUACUUAUGAAAGUUGAAAACGUUGAAGCGGAAGUAAUCAAUAGAUCGAAAUUUGAGAAGCAUAUUGAAAGUAAAAGUGUUGCUAUAAGACAUAGAAAACUUCCAACAAGGCUUCAACCACCUCGAAAAUUGCAAAAAAAGGAAGGAAGAGAAAAAGAUCAAGAAGAACGAAAAGAUCAAAAAGAAGAAGAGGGUAAUAAUGUUGAGGAUGAUGACGAGAAUAAUGAUAGUGAAGAUGAUGGUGAGGAUGAUAAUAAGGGUGAUGUAAAGAUGAAAGUGAAAGAUGAAAAAGAGGAGAUGGAAGAUGAUAGUGAGGAGGAACAAAAAAUCAAUAAAAAAAAUCAAACUCAGAAGAAGAAAAGAAAGAUUGAAAAAGAAGAAGAUGGUGAGGAUGUCCAAGUAGUAGAAGCUAAUGAGCAAGAUAAACUAGUUAAGAGGCAACCUUAUCAAAGAGUACCUCCUACUCAAUUCAUGAAGGAUGUGUUGAUAAAUCUUUCGGAAAAACAAAAUCAAGCUAUUCAGAACAUUGGUUUUGGAGGCAUUUUGGAAUUGGAUUUACCAAUCCAUAUUAAUUCUAUGUAAGUAGUAGAAUGUUAUGUUCUAAAAUCAUAUUCUAAAAUCAUAAGUAUUAUCAAUGUUAUGUUCAAAAUUAUGAUUUGUCAUGUUUGAAUUGCUAUACACUAAUGUUCUAAA